CCGCAGCCACGGUAGUGGUUGCUAGGCGACGGCAGAGAGCAGCGCUUGCUCGCGCUGGGGACCCGGGCGGGCCUCCGGUAGGGAGCGUUCCGGGGAGGCCCGCGGGGGACAAGGUGCCGGGUCCCAAGUAGGGGCGCGCUCCCGGCCGCUGACCCGAGGCCGCCCGCUCCCCGGACCCACGGCGAUGGCGGGGGGCUCGGGCUGGACCUGGCGGCCGGUGGCUCGGGACGCGCUUCUGGCGCGGGCCUUUCAUUCGUGCACCGAGCUGCGGGGCCGGUUCUACGUGGUGGGGGGCCUCCUGGCCGGGGGAGCGAGAGAGCCAAGCAGUGAUACGGUGGUCUUCGAUCCGGCUGGCGGCCAGGCGGUGCGGGAGGUAGCCUCGGGCUGCCCCCGGCGCAGCCACCAUGACGCCGCGCCUGUGGGCGGGCGCUGGCUUUGCGUGGUGGGCGGCUGGGACGGGGCGCGCCGCCUGGCUACAGUGGCCACGCUGGACACCGAGCGCGGGGCGUGGGAGGCGUGGACCGGGGCCCCCGGCGACUGCCCCCCUGCGGGCCUCAGCAGCCACACCUGUACCCGCCUCUCCGACCGAGAGCUGCGGGUGGCAGGCCGGGAGGGCGGGACCCGCACUCAACGGCGCUAUGGAAGCAUCUACACCUUAAGGCUGGACCCCGGCGCCCGCACCUAUUGCUAUAAGGAAGAAGGCUGCCGCACAGUCUCGCGCUCAGGUCACUGUGCCGCCCUGCUCCAGACUCAUGGGCCCCAGCCAGGUCACCAGCUGUUGCUCUUUGGGGGUUGCAACUCAGCUGAACCAGAAGUAGCUGGGAAUUGGAGUCAUGGGAAGAUUAAGGAGGAACCACCUGGUGCCCCUUGUUUGACUGAACAGCUUGCAAGGCUUGUGAGCAGAGGGCAGGGGUCCCGGCAGGGGCCUCGGGGACUGCGACAUCACUCGUGUUCUGUGGUGGGGCCCUUUGCUGUGCUGUUUGGUGGAGAAACCCUGACCAGAGCAAGAGACACCAUCUGCAAUGACCUCUACAUCUAUGAUACCCGAAAGCCUCCCUCUCUGUGGUUCCACUUCCCCUGUGCAGACCAUGGGCUGAAACGCAUGGGCCAUCGGACCUGCCUUUGGAAUGAUCAGCUUUACCUGGUUGGGGGUUUUGGUGAGGAUGGCAGGACAGCUAGUCCACAGGUUUGCAUCCUGGACCUCUUUAUCUAAAGAAUAGUGCCAAGACACGCUGCCAAGCCUGUUUUGUUGCAAACUCAUAAAACAUUAUCACCAGAGCUAUCUGCCUCAUUUCAAAUGCUUAUUAAAUUUCAAUCUGAGAGUCAA